AUGGGUAUCAGCGAGAACCAGAUUUAUGCGAUCGAGGUCACUGAAAGGCUGGGCUCGGUACUUUCGCUCAUCGGCACUGCAUUUAUCAUUGGGACUUUCCUGUACGACAACGCCUUCCACAAGCCAAUCAAUCGACUCGUCUUCUAUGCGUCAUGGGGAAACAUCAUGGCAAACGUGGGGACCCUCAUCUCAAGGUCGGGGAUUGAUCUUGGUGUCAACCAACCACUUUGCCAAUUCCAGGCUUUCCUGAUUCAGAUGUUCAUGCCCGCUGAUGCUCUAUGGACACUUGCCAUGGCGUGCAAUGUCUAUCUUACCUUCUUCCGUAAAUACAAUGCUGAACAGCUUCGAGCUUUGGAAUGGAAAUACAUGAUCUUCUGUUACGGCCUCCCGUUUCUACCAGCAUUUGCCUAUUUCUUCGUGCAGUCACCGGCUCAAGGCAAGGUCUACGGAUCUGCAACAUUAUGGUGCUGGGUUUCAGCGGAAUGGGACUUCCUCCGUGUCGCAACCUUCUAUGGCCCCGUCUGGGUUGUCAUCGCCAUCACGUUCACCGUCUAUCUCUGGGCUGGCAAGGAGAUUUUCGCUAAACGCCGUCAGCUCCGCAACUUUGCCAAUGCUGCUAGCGAUGCAGCAUUCCCUGUCAUUCAGAAUCCUUUCAUAAGUCCCUUCGUCUCAGUCAAGACAACUGAGAUCCGGAUCACAAGCGAACUUGCCGAUCUGCCAGGCAAGAACGGUAGCACUCACAGCUUCGCGUUAAACGAGAGGGGCCGGAUCGUAAGCACUCAGAGCUUCAAUCCGUAUUCUGUCAGCAUUGGUACUGCACCUGGCACAGACAUCACCUCACCUCAAUCUACUACAUUCCCAAGAUCAACGAACUCCAUGGGACUGGGAGCCGACAAGAAUGCGAGACAGAUAAAGGCAGCAAUGGAGGCCAACAAAGCGGCCUUCAGCUAUUGCAAAUGUGCACUGUUGUUCUUUGCUUCCUUGCUCAUCACCUGGGUUCCAUCGUCCAUCAAUCGGGUGUACUCCCUCGUACAUCCUGAUGUUUUUUCUUUCCCGCUUCUCUUCACCUCGGCCUUUGUCCUACCGCUUCAGGGCUUCUGGAAUGCCGUUAUCUACAUUGUGACCUCGCUGCCAGCAUGCAGGGCACUCUUCAGUCAGAUCCUAGAUUACUGGGCGCCGAGCAGGAAGACCAAGUCCUCGUCUCCAUAUGCCCCCAGCAUAUCUCCGAAGGGGAGUAUCAGAAGCAGUGCGGAUAGCAUAAAGUCUUUUCCUUAUACAGGAAUAUGA